AUGCCAAGUGAGGCUGAUUCCCAAGACUGCUUCAACAAGCAGCAUGGAACCAUGUCGAACAGGGUUUACGUGCUUCCGAGCACAGCCAAUGGAGAGGUGAAGCCUGUGGUGUCCAGCACGCCUCUGGUGGACUUCUUGAUGCAGCUGGAGGACUAUACGCCUACGAUCCCAGACGCAGUGACUGGUUACUACUUGAACCGUGCUGGCUUUGAGGCCUCAGACCCACGCAUAAUCCGGCUCAUCUCCCUAGCUGCCCAGAAAUUCAUUUCAGAUAUUGCCAGUGAUGCCCUACAGCACUGCAAAAUGAAGGGCACAGCCUCUGGCAGCUCCCGGAGCAACAGCAAGGACCGCAAGUACACUCUAACCAUGGAGGACUUGACCCCUGCCCUCAGCGAGUAUAGCAUCAAUGUGAAGAAGCCGCACUACUUCACCUGAGCCACAUCACCUAAAUGUACUUCUCUGUCCCCACG